ACCGUUGAGCUGGAAGGCGAUGCAAAUGACUAUGUUGGAAAGUGCCUUUCCGGAGGUACCAUAAUAGUGUAUCCACCAAAGAAGGCAGUGUUCAAGUCAGAGGAAAACUCCAUCAUCGGGAAUGUAGCUCUUUAUGGUGCAACAUCGGGUGAAUGUUGGUUCCGUGGAGUCGCUGGAGAACGUUUUGCCGUAAGAAAUUCUGGCUGUACUGCUGUUGUCGAAGCUGUUGGUGAUCAUGCUUGCGACCCAUUCACCAGCCGAAUUAACGACGCCACGGUUGAUCUGGAUACUCCAGAUGAAGAUGAUCUGGUCUUCAUACGGGACAGAAUCAAGAAAUUUGUUCAACUGACUGGGUCUGAGCUUGGCCAGCGCAUUCUUGACGAUUGGCAAACCGAACAUGCAAAAAUCGUCAAGAUAUUCCCCAAGGACUAUAAAAGGGUGCUGAAAGAGCAAGAGGAAGAGAAGAAGCGUCUUGCCGAAGAAAAGGAAGCUGCUGACAAAGAAAAUGGCGAUAUGGAAGGACGACCUCGCGAGCGUGCCCUGUCCAUGGACAUGCAGAUUGCACCGACCCUAAUUCAUAAGAAGAAACUAGCUGCUAAGAAGAAACUCAGUAUAUCCCAACGCAAACGUAAACUCUCGCGAAAUCCUCGACCUCAGGAUAUAGCCGGAUUUGAAGAUGAGGAAGAUGUGCAGGAAGCUAUCGAGGAUAAUGAAGAAGAAGGAGCAAAAUCUGAUAAUGACGAGGAGUUACUGUCAGACGAUGAGAAACUGUAUCGAGCGCCUGAGGAACGUUUGAAGGACUGGGAUGAGGUUUACGAUUUUGAAUCUGUCAGAAGCAACAUCCGUGAGCAAGCUGCAAGGUUUGACUAG